AUGUCCGGAAUCAUUCCUGUGCUGGCCAAUGAUGCAACCCGUGGGAAAGAGGUGACUGGUGAGAGCUUUGCGUGGGAAAACCCCUCGUUUGCAACUGUCGCCGAAAACCCCAUGAUGCGGAUUUAUGCCGAUGGAAACCAGCAUCCGAGAGAAGCAUAUACUGUACAGUACAACUGCUGUUAUACCAUCGUGGUUGAAAUGGAAGAGCUCGGCACUCAGCACGACGAGCACGAAGUGUACGUUUCGCAAUUGAAAAACGUGAAAACGGUCUCCACGAAGUCAUGUUCAUCCAAGAAUCUUAGUGAGAGGAUGGCCGUGAAGUACGACACCUAUGUGGCGAAGUUUAACGUGCCGUGUGCGGGCUCCCGGCACUCUGCUGAUGAAGUGUGUGGCAGUGUUCGACCGAGUCAGGAAAACGUCUUCAUUGGAUUGUGUUUCAUGGUUUUCGUCUUUCUUGACGAAAAUCGUUUGGAAAAGUUUGACGUUGAAGCGAGCAAGGCCAUUGUACACGAUACCGUGGAAAGUGUGCUUAGUGGUGUUACAUACAAUGGUUCAAAAGUGGGUGAACUUACCAACGAGCUCGUAUCAAAAACCCUAGCUCGGUUCACAUCUCUGAGCAAGCCUUUCAAAUACGUUGUUACCUGUGUUAUUGCUCAAGCAAAUGCAACUGGGUUGCAUGCGAACGCGCAGACUUACUGGGACUCAGAAACCGACGGAUCCUGUUCUGUGCGCUGGGAGAGCAAGACCAUCAUAUGUUUAGUGUCCGUCUUCGGGAUGAAGAUUUAA